GUCUCCUCUACAUUUUUUCUGUGUCGAUUGGUGCGCUCUUUGGCAUCGAGUGUCGCCAAUACUACGUCCGUCCUACGUGGGGGAAGUUACGACACUGCUCUUCCACGGCAAGUUUUCAGUAUCGUCUGCGAAGAUCGGCGCACGUGAGCCUAGCAGACGACGGCUUCGUCCGCUCAACGUGACGAUGGCGAUUGGAGUGCGUAAUUUGUGCUGCGCCGCCAUCUGUUUUGCAUUCUUGCUGCUGUCGCUAGCUGUGGCCCUUACUGCAUCUUCAGCAGCACGACAAACGCUUGUACAGCUGGCACCAGAGGAAGAAUCCAGAGCCCUGGAAGAGCCGGGCAACGAGUUGGAGUCACCUCCCAAGGACUUACAAGCAUGCGAAGGCCGCCCUAACGGAGUGUAUGCAGAUCUGGACCGAGCCUGCCGGGUGUUUCGAGCCUGCCAGGACAGCCGGGCGCACCUCUUCUGGUGUGCUAACGGGACCGUAUUUAAUCCAGCACGUGGUCACUGUGACGCACCAAGGAGCGUUCGAUGCAUCGAUCCAAAGCGAGAGAUCCUUCCUUCCGUCGUCGGAGAUUGUUCACGCCAAAAAGAUGGAGUCUACACAGAUUACCAGAGCGGCUGCAGGAAGUUCUACUUCUGUCUUGGUGGUCGACGCACAGAGUUCAUUUGCCCUGGAACGCACCUCUUCGACUGGCGUACCGGGAGGUGUCAUCCACAUCAGGAAGUCACCUGUUCCGCCCUCACCUGCUCCAAGGACCAAGAUGGCGUCUUCGCAGACUACAUGGACGGCUGUCGUCGAUACUACACCUGCAACGCGGGGCUGAAGACCGAGUUCUCCUGCCCGCAAGGCACACUCUUCCACGACAAGCUUUCCCAGUGCCACGAGUCACAGGCGGUUCGAUGCAACGGUAGGGCGGGAUUCUCUUGCGCGGGUCUGCCCGACGGAUAUUAUCCAGAUGCACGCACCGGUUGCAGGAACUUCGUCUUGUGCAUCAACCACCGCGCCAAAUCCUUCGCGUGUCCGUCAGACCUCGUAUUUAACAGGAGACAUCUUGCUUGCGACUACCCAUGGAAAGCUAACUGCGAAAAACCGAAGGAGAACGAAUGCACCCACAAGCCAAAUGGCGUCUUCGCCGUGUUCGAGAGUGACUGUCGCGACUUUCUCGUUUGCAUGGACGGCGUUGUCUUGCAGCACGGAUCGUGCCCGCAAGGCAAAGCACUGAAUCCGGUCACUGGUACCUGUCAACCGAGCACGCUUGUGACUUGCGCACCCGUCAUCGACCUGGACUGCGACGGUAGACCUGAUGGAAUGUACCCUGAUCCGAAGUCGAACUGCUCCGCGUUUUACGUUUGCAUCGGAGGAAAUAGGGUUGUCACUUCUGUUUGCCCCGGUGGUACUCUCUUUGAUGUCACCACUGCCACCUGCCUUCCGUCGGUCCUGGUGAACUGCCCUCUUCAUCUCCCUACCCAACCAACAGAGGAAGGAGGUGUGACAUACUCGCAGUAUGAGUGCGAAGGAAGGAUUGGUGUCUUUCCCGAUUACCUUACAACCUGCCGAGGGUAUAAGCUUUGUGUCGACGGCAAAGAGUACAAGGGAACUUGUCCUGAAGAUUCGAUGUACAGCAUUGAGUCAGGACGUUGUGACAAUGGAACAUCUGAUGUUAACUGCCAACCGCCGGAGCUGGUUGGGACCUUCCGGUGCCGACAGGGUAACGGAGGCAUCUUUGUGGAUUAUGAAAGCGGGUGCAAGACUUGGCACGAAUGCCUCAAUUCUGAAGGCGUAUCUUAUACAUGCCCAGAAGGGCAGCUUUUUGACAUCAAGCGCCUAAUGUGCCGCGAAGCGAGCAAAGUUCGUUGCCACACGUCAAAGAUGGGUCUUUCCCUAAUGUCUUCUUUAGGGAAGAGCAUCACCGUUGUACCGCCUAACGAGACGACACCAAUUAACUGCAACAAGAGUGUUCCUGGAGUGUUCCCAUCCUUGAACACUGGGUGCAAACAGUUCCACGUCUGCGCACCUAGUGGACUUUUCUCAUUUCGCUGCCCCGAGAACUCAGUCUUCGAUCCGGAUAGAAAGAUCUGCGAUUCCUCCCCACAGGCUGUUUGUUCUUCAGUCGAUGACGGAGAUGCGUGGGUCCAAACGGAAGACAAAUUUUCUUGUAACGACAGAGAAGACGGAACGUACCCGGAUUAUAACCAAACAUGCAGAAGAUACUUUGUCUGCGAAAACGGCUCGAAGACGACGGUGUACUGCCCGAAAGGGUCGCGCUUUAACGACGGACUCAUGGUGUGCUCAGAUUCUGAAGACUUUGAGUGCAAACAUGAGGUGCAAGCAGAAAAACACGACAUGGGAGACGUCACUGCAACAGAAUUCGUCGAUGUGAGUGCAACGGCGUCCCCCACUACUACUACAACAACAACACCCAAGCCAGAAGUAGACUACGACUCAACGAUAGAAGAUGAGGAGCCCACCCCCACUUUGCCACCGUAUGUCGCAUCUCGACUGUCGUCUGGAGAAGGGACCAGCAAAUCUGCCCCAGAAGCUCAAAAAUUCGCCUGUCCAGCAGGCGAAACUGGGUUCUUUCCAGAUUACGACUCCGGGUGCCGAAAGUUCCAUAUUUGCUUCAGGUCGAUCACGAGGACCUACAGUUGCCCUAGCGUUCUCCUGUUCAACCCAAUUACAAAGACGUGCGACGUCCCAAGUAACGUCACCUGUGCUCCACAAGAGUCUUCCGCGACGCCCGACGUUUCCAGAGACGUCUGCUAUGGAAAGUCUCGAGGCUAUUUCGCAGACUACGGCAGUGGUUGCCAGAAGUACGUAUCCUGUAACGACGGCAAGGCCCUGGAGUACGAGUGCCCACGUGGUACACUCUUCAACACCUGGACGUGGUCAUGUGACAUGGAGGACGUCGUUCAGUGCGUGGACGUUAACUAUAGGACUCCCCUAACGUCGGGGACGCCGUCGACGCAACGAAAAUUACCGCACGUGCACGGCAUUCCGCAGAGGUUUUAUUUUACCUGCGCUGACAUGCCCGACGGGUUCUACCCUGAUCUGGCGAGACACUGUCACGUGUUUUAUCGUUGUCAUAAGGGGAAGAAAUAUUCGCAUUACUGCAAACAAGGUUUGCUUUUUAACCCGAAAACAGGGAUCUGUGACUUCGAAGACAACGUUAAGUGCUCUGUGAGUGAUACGCAAACGACAUUCCGGUAAACACGAUGAAAACAAAGAGGAAAAACAAAAGUAAGGGUCGAACCUUACCACUCAAACGCUGCAGUUUCGAAACUAUAAAAAAGAACGAUGUACAACGAUAAGGGUAUAGUGGAGAAUUAAAAGGAAAGGAAAAGAUAGCGUCUUAAAUCAGAUGUCGUGUUUAUGUAUAUUUUUUUUUGCGAGUGAAGAAAUAUUUUACUUUUGGAAUGCUAUUUUUACCAAAAAACAAAAUGUUUUUAUACCACAGAAGAAUGUAUUACGAUAGCAAAGAAAGAAAAUACUUCAUCUUCGGCAGAUAUUUUGGCCAUCUGUGCUGUGUUGUUACUAAUAUUAUUUUGCUGUCAUUUCGUUAUGGCAUCUUUUUCGUUGUAAUCAUGUACGCGAUCACAUGCGACUACAUGGACAUGUAAUCCUAAUAGGAACGAUAUGUACACUGAAAUGUUUCAGUGCUUGUGGAAGUAAACGAUGUGCAUAAAAUGUC